ACGGUGCACGCGCGCCGACCACCAUGGGCCGCGCUCAGGUUCCAGACUGUGGCUCCAGAUCCCUGCUACCUCACGUACUACUAUUCGCAACUGGAGUAAGCAUUGCUUAUGCUCAGUGUUUCGGCGGCACGGAGACGUACGAGAAGACGACGGGGGUGAAGUUCACGUACGGCGCUUCACAGGGCAUCCUGACGCAGCCCGGAACGGGCAUCACGCGCGACUGCACUGCCAUCUGUCGGCAGACUCCCACCUGCGCCGCCUUCACCGUCGAUUACGAAACUUCUCGGUGUCUGUCCUACAACACUGACUCAGCUGGACAUCGAAACAGUCUUCACGACAAAAUAGGGAGCAAUUUCUUCGAGAAAAUAUGUCUGCGUGGAGUUUCAAAUCUAAGCUCGAUGUGUGGCGAUCGAUUAUGGGCCUUCGAGAGAGUUGUUGGUGCUUAUCUUGAGGGAUUCGAUAACAAGGAAGAACGAAAUACGCAAACGAAGACAGAAUGUGAAAAACUGUGCUUGUUUGAGACGACUUUCAUUUGCAGGUCAGCGGAGUUUGACGAGUCACUGAACCUGUGCCGGCUCAGUAGAGAAGAUCGACGGAGCCAGCCCAGUGCUUUCAGGAAAGUCCCUGGCAGCUCUGUCGACUACCUGGAGAACCAGUGCGUCAGAUCCCUGCCUGACUGCCGCUACAACGUGCGAGAAGGGAGCGCCGUCAUCUCCAUGGACGAGCUACAGUUCGCCGCCAACCAAGCAGAGUGCGAAGCCCUCUGUGACCAGGCGCGGGGCUUUACAUGUCGGUCUUUCACGUACGCCAAGAACGAGAAGCGGUGCUACCUGAGUGGCGACGACUCCCUGUCACUCAACAAUGCUCCGCUGCUCAUCAAGAGGGAUGCCGUCUACGCCGAGAAGCAGUGCAGCAUAAGCCAGUGUGAAGACGGGCUGUUCACGUUCGAGAAGGUGACGGGCCACUUCCUGCGCAGCGCCCAGCAGGUGGGGCUGGCCAUGGCCGCCUCGCCGGGCAUUACCCUGCAGUGCGGCGCCAAGUGCCUCGAGGCGGGCUCCGACUGCCCCGCCUUCAGCCUCGACUACAACGCCAUGAAGUGCUUCAAGCUGGACCGCAACACCCAGGGCCGCGGCAGCGACCUCUCGCCCAGGGAGGGGCAGAGCUACUUCGAGAAAAUCUGCCUCAGAGGCUACAUCCACGGUUGCGAGGGUCGGGCCUGGGCAUUCGAACGGCGCCAAGGCAAAGAGCUGCAGGGCCACGAUGACCUGAAGCUCAACCUGGUGCAGAGCAGGCGGGACUGCAUGGAGGCGUGCUUAUCCGAGCAGCGGUUCACCUGCCGUUCGGCAGAGUAUGACACACUCACCACUGAGUGCCGUCUCAGCAGUGAGGAUCGCCGCACCAGGCCCUCUGACUAUGUGGAUGCACCCCCCACAACCGAAUACCUUGAAAACCAGUGUCUGCCCCAAGAAGCAAGGUGCACUUUCAAAUCAAUACCAAAUUCAUAUCCUCGUUAUUUAGACCUUGUACUUUCACUUGUUAGUGAUGAAAUGGAUUGUAAACGACGUUGCUAUGAAUAUACAGACUUCAUUUGCCGAUCAUUCUCGUACUAUCCCAGUGGAAGUCAGUGCUUCAUCAGUGGCGAUGACAGAGCUUCAGCAGGCAGCGAGGCAUUGAUGAGCCGUCCAGGAACAGACUACUUUGAACGCGUGUGCCAGACAGGAGGCAGUUCCGGCCAUGGAAACCCACCAGGUUUGUGUGGUAUUGGUGGCCGCCUUGAAUUUGAGAAGGUUACUGGAUUUGAACUGCAAGGACAGCGUGGUUACACUCUCUUUCGGAACAGUAUUCCAGGAAUUUCAACACAAUGUGCUCAACUUUGUCGUUCUGAUCCCCGAUGUCGUGGUUUUAAUCUUGACUACAAUCGGAAUGACUGUACAGCACUGGAAGGAGAUCUUGACGGAGCACGAAUUGAUGUUAGGCCAGUGCCUGGAAUUGCAUACUUUGAAGGCAUUUGUUUGCAGGGUGCUACUUGCAAUGUUCCCUGGGUAUAUGAAAGAUUUAUUAGCCGAGAACUUCGGGGGUUUGUCAAUGCAGCCUAUCCAGGAAUAAGCAAAAUUGAGUGUCAAGAAAGAUGUCUAGAAGAGAGAUCAUUUGUGUGCAGAUCAAUCACAUAUAAUUAUCUAAGGAAAGAGUGUCGACUAAGUUGUGAAGAUCGUUAUACUCAGCCACAAGCAUUCAUAGUGAACGGUGACUCUGAUUAUUUGGAGAAUCAAUGUGCACCACGUCUCACACACUGUGCCUACACAUACCACAAAACAGGACAACAGCUCAUAUACACAGAUAAAUCACUGUCCUCUUUCAGUGACAAAAGCUGUGAGCAAGCAUGUGACGUGGAAAGGGAAUUCGUGUGUCGAUCUUAUACUUUUUUGGGACAGACAGGUAUAAACAACAAUCAUUGUUUGCUGAGUGGGUCAUUGGGUUCCACUAUAGAUAUUGGUGCAUUCCAGCCCCAGAGUGGUGCCCUUUAUGCAGAAAAAGAGUGCUUAUCAAGCUCAGCUGUAGCACCACCACCACCACUGCCACCACCUGUGCCCCCAGCUCCACCAAACAUUCCAGGCCGAUAUCCAUCAGGGAGUGAACCAGGACCAAGUCUUCUUCCUUUUCCAUGCAGAAACACUCUCACUUAUGAAAAAAUUGCUGGAGCCACAUUUACGAACAGUCGGAGAGAGCCUAUCAGGACCAGAGAUGAUAUUGGUAUUGCUGUAGAGUGUCUGGUGAAAUGUGCUCAGAUGAGACAGCAUUGUCUUGCUGUUUCUGUUGAGAACAUCAGAGGGGGUCGUCAGAGAUGCUAUGCCUUGGAUCGUUCAUCAGAUUCAGAAAGUGCUCCACUUGAAUCUGCUCCUGAUCUUGCCUAUUUUCAGAAAAUCUGUUUACAAGAAAGUGCUUGUGCAAAGGCUUGGGCAUUUACAAGAGUACCAAGUUAUGAACUAGCUGCACCAAAUACUGUGGAAGUCAGGAAUAUAUUUAGCAGACGACAGUGCCAGGACGAAUGCUUGCGGGAGACAAGAAUCAUCUGCAGGUCAGCAACUUAUUAUGGAAGAGAGAGACUGUGCAAACUCACCCCUGAAACUAGGAGAACAACUCCACAGCAUUUUCGAAGAGUUUCUGCUGAUGUGGACUACAUGGAAAAUGAAUGUGCUCCAAAGCCACCAAGCUGUGACUACACAGAUUACCCUGGAAGAUUCCUUCCAUACACCGACAGGUAUAUUCCACAGAUUUAUGAUGCUCCAGAAUGCAAACACUUAUGCAAUCAAGAACAGGAUUUCAACUGCAGAUCAUUUAACUACCAUGUGGUUCGUCGGGAUUGUUUCUUGAGUUCUGAUGACACUUUUGCAGCUGAUCGCUCAUCACUACUGAUGGACAGAGACUUUUAUUACAGUGAACAUGGGACCUGCAGUAAUGUGAGAGUUGACUGUACACAGGCUGAUAUGUUGAUUACAUUUUUAUUUGGAGGACCAUUUGAAGGACGAGUCUAUGCAACGGGUAAUCCACAAGCUUGUUUUGAAAUGGGCAGUGGGCAAUCUCAAUUGGUUUUACGAAUUCCUAUGGGAACCCAGUGUGGAACUGUGCAGCAGGGCCGCGGUCGUUAUGUUAAUCAUGUGGUAAUCCAACAAAAUCCUGUAAUAAUGCAAGAGACAGAUAAAACAGUAAGAGUAGAAUGUUCAUUUGAUGCAAGUGAUCAGACUGUAUCAUAUGCACCAACCGGAGGCCGAAAUCCAGAAGGCAGUGGUAUCAGUGUCACAGUGCCUUUUCGGCCUUCUGGCACAAAUAUCGUUACAAACACUGCACCUACUCCAAAUGUCCGAAUGCGCAUUAUUACACAUAAAGGACAAGAAGCAUCUGUAGUGGGCUUGGGAGAAGAACUUCAACUCAAAAUAGAAAUUGAUCCAACCAGUGCCUUCGGAGUUUUUGUUCGCAACUUGGAAGCACGCACAGACAAUGGAGAGCUGUUGACCUUAAUUGACAAUGUUGGAUGUCCACGUGACCACAAUAUAUUCCCAGCAUUGCAGGCAGAAAGAGGAACAAGAGAUUUGUUUGCAGACUUCAAAGCAUUCCGUUUUCCAUCAACAGCAACUGUGAAUUUUGUUGCAACAGUGCAAUUUUGCCAGGAUGUUUGUGAACCUAUUCGCUGUAACAAUGGAGUACAAUCCUUUGGUAGGCGAAGGAGGCGAGACUUGACUCAAAGUAUUGAUUCUUCAGGAAAAAAUUCAGUUGUUAAAGGAAAAUGCAAAUUCCAAGAAGAAGAAAGAAAAAAUAUGAACAUAUCAUUAAAUGAAACUAAUGAGAACACCUCUACUGAUCCCAAUUACUGUGAUGAAUCCAUCACUGAAACUACUCCUAAUGAAGACUUUGAACUGGAUACAACUGUUCCUGUACCAAUAAACGAUUAUGAUGCUGAAGUAAGUGAAGAACGUCCAGUUACUCCAGCCAUAGGUGAUGCAACCAAUGCAAGUAUUCAGAAGGAGAGUGGGCCAGAGCUGCCCAGUGCAUUGCCAUUACAGUUAAGGCUUGUUGUUGGGGAGGACAUCAUACCAAAGCCUACAAAGCCAACAAUAUUCAAAAAAGAGACUUCAAGAGGUGCAACAGUACAAAAUACCAUGAAUGAUGGAACUGCAGAUGAGUAUCUCAAUACAGGAGCCAAAGAUGAAUCUGUCGACGCAGAUUCUGUUUGUGCAACUAAAUUAACAGUGGCAUCAUCGAUUAUUGCCAUUAUACUGUUCAAUAUAAGCUUUGUGUUUUGUAUUAUGUAUUUCUACAGAGUUCAGACUGAACAAAGAGUCAGACAUGAAUCCUUAGAACAGAGACUGGCUACAAGCCAGAUUCCAGAAGUUUUGUUUCGGAAUGUUUACGAUCGACUACCACCAAAUCCUACAUUUAGUAAGCUUGGAAAUGAAGUAUGUUCAGAAAAGUAAAUAUGAAAAGUUACUUGUCAUUUUUAUGUAAGUGGUUUGAGUGAAUCUGAUGAGUAAAACAUAACAAACUCUUACAAGAAGUGCUAGUAACUAUGAUGUGAAAGCAUAUUUGUGAUAUCUUUCAUAGUGGACUUCUGUAAAUGUUUUUAUUCGAACUCUGUCUAUAAUACAUUUUUGUGACGACUAGUAUUUGUUAAAUGGCCAAAUGUUGAGGACAUGUUUAUUACAUUUUCUUAACUUAAAGCUGUUUGAUUAUUCAGGUACUUGUAAAUAUAGUUCCUUAACUUUGCAUUACGCAAUUCUUGAUCAUAAUACAUUGUUUCUCUCCUCUGACAUUCGAAAUAUACUCUUUUAUGGUUCCAUUUUCUUUGUACAUGACAGUAUGAAACAGAUUUCACUCAGUGUGUUAUGAUGGCUGUAAAAACUAAGUAUGCUAUGAUCAUUAAAACAAGCAACGAAAUGAAGCUACCAGAAUUAUAGUCCUAGACUACUGUGGGCUCUAUACUGUCAUCAUUUUGUGGCUUCAGGAGUUCAGGCUUCAAAUAAUGUGUGAAACAGAGUGUAGUGUCACAUAUGUGGCAAUAUACUUAAAACCAUACAAAGUUGCAGCAAUGCUGUACAACUAAAUUGCUUGUGUAUUGUGAAAUAAAGCCUGAAUCCUGGUAUGAACAUUUUUCAUUAUAUCUAAGGGUAAUUCUAGCUACAGUAAAACACUAACUUCAUAUUCUCCAAAAGAGAGAAAAUACAUGGAAAUUAAAAGUGCAGAGGUAUGUAUGAAACUGAAUUUGAACCAUCUAGCACAGAUAAAAACUGUUGAAAAGUGUAUACCAUGGUUCUUUAAGACUCAUAUUGUAAUGUACUUCAGCCCAUGAGAUGUCAAUAAGCAAUAUUGCAUGUAUCACCUUAUAUAUAAAUGUUAAGCUCCAAUAACGAGUCAUUACAAAUCUAUUGAAUUGAAUUGAAUUUGAUACAUGUAGCACAGAUACAAACUGUUGAAAAAUGUAUACCAUGGUUGUUUAAGACUCAUAUUGUGAUGUAUUUCAGCCCAUGAGAUGUCAAUAAGCAAUAUUGUAGUAUCACCUUAUGUAUAAAUGUUAAGCUCCAAUAAUGAGCCAUUACAAAUCUAAUCAUCUGGUUGCUGGAGCAGCUAAUGUAGAACAACUCUCUAAUGUUCUGCGAAAAAUCAAUAAGAGGAGAAUAGUUGUUAUGGUGCAGAUAUCAUCAAGUUACUCUAAUUUAACUAAAGUUGAUGCAUUGAUCUGCAAUCCCUAACACAUUUCCCCUUCUCAUUGUAAUAGUUUUAAUCAGACUGAUGCUUCAUUAUUUAUUUUAUAAUCAUUUGAGUUCAUCUGAUCUGUUUUAACUAAUCAUGUUACUGUAGUAUUAAGUAAACUAGUAGUUUUUAUUUUAAGACUUUUUCACAGCCAAAUUCUACAGUUGACUGUAAUCUUCCACUAUAUGACAC